CACAGGAGGAAGGGAGUAGUUCUCUCUCUGCCGCUCAGUGGUGUAACUGAAGCAAUACGAAUCAUUUAUAUUGUCGUGGAUAUACCCUCAUUGAGUCACACAAAUAUCGCUCGCUUUGUGUACCAAGUGUCACAGUUAUACCUAAGCGAGUAAGGCAUCGUGAGAGUGGAAUAGAAUCCAGCGAGUUUUUCCCUUUACGGCUCUCGAAUUGCCCUUUUGACCGACUCCUCUUGCCCAGGGAGUAUUUUUCCUGGACCCCCCGCCCCCCUCCCCUUUUUUUCCUGCCCGUAUUUUUGGAGUGAGUGCGAGGACCCGGCCGGGGGAGUGAGACCUCGGCUCGGAAACCGGUUGAAGGGCGGCAGCAGGUUCGAGGCUCAGCCGCACUCCGCCCUCGGGCCCCUCGCCGACCAGGCCGAGGAGCAGGUGGCAAAGCCGUCUCCCUCACCGUAUUUUUUCCCUCCCCUCCCCCCCCCCCUUUUGACCCCAGAGUCGGAAAACCGCGAGUGAGGGAAGAGUGUGAAGUGAGUUAUGUUUCUAGGUGAUUGUUGAAGUGAAGAGAGCGCACACAGAGAGCGGACCAUGUGUGCCCUGUGGUGGCUGACGAGGCUGUGGGCGGCGGCCGCUGUGCUGACGGCGGCGCUGUCGUCGACGCCCACCAAGGAUAACAAGGAGAAGCUGCCCUUCGAGGCUGUCUUUCAAGGUCUCUGCGACAACAGUGAACUCUGCGAACAGCUGUGUUUCAACCUCCACGACGGAACCUUCGAGUGUGACUGUCAACAAGGCUACACCCUCGAGCCCGACGGAUACAGCUGCACCAAGCUGAACUACAGCAAGCCCGAUUCCUCCGUGCUGUACGAGAAGGAGGCGUCCUUCGUGGCCGUGUUGGAUGACGACUACCAAUCUGACUCUCCAGGGGACUACCAGCAUGACGACUACCAACGUGACGACUACCAGCGGGAUGACUACCAGCGCCUCGAUUACACGCGCGACGACAAGUACAGCGACUACCGACGAGACGACUACCAGCGCGACCUGUCAAGGCUGGAGGACGCCGAGGACCAGCCCCACACGGCCGAGCUCCUGGAGGAUCCCUCUCGGCGCAAGGGCAGCAGCCAGCUCAUCGACAGGGCCGACAUCCUCAACUACGACAGAUAUAAGACUGAGCAUGAAUCCAGCCAGGAGGAUCUCGGAGCUGAGGAAGAAACCGGCCCAGAGACUUUCCUGGAGCUGGACACCCUGGACCUCAUCCAGCCGUUCACUUCGCCCGGACCCAACCUGGAGCAGAAGGUGCCGUCCGAGCUCCCCAACCUUCAAGCCACUGAGAGCCUCACACCCUUGUGUGAAAUGGAUUGUGGAAAAGGACAUUGCCAUGUGGAUACUCAGGCUGGCAUCUCAAGGUGCAUGUGCCCCCUGGGACAUGCAGGCCGCUAUUGUCAUCCAGGUCCUCAGAUAGAAACGGCUAGGUUCCACGGCUCUUCCUGGGUAGCCUUUGCCCCUCUCCGGGAGGCCUACAGGGAUGUCCAACUCACACUGGAGUUCAAGCCCGAGAGUCCUGACGGAGUCCUGCUGGUGUCGGGGGAGAAUGACGACCUCAGUGGGGACUUCAUGGCUGCAGUGCUCCUCAAUGGCUAUGUUGAGUUCAGAUGGGACUGCGGUUCAGGUGCAGGAUCUGUCCGCUCACCCGAGGGAGUGCAUAUGGGUGAGUGGAACCGGCUUACUGUGUAUCGGCACCGCUGGGAUGUUUGGCUGCAGCUCAACGAUGGCCACCAUAUUCAAGGCCGAUCUGAGGGACUCUUCUCAAGGAUCACUUUCCGCGAACCUCUCUAUGUUGGGGGCUCCAACAACCUGACAUCCCUCGCAGUGCGUCUUGGUGUGACAACAGGCUUACAGGGAUGUGUCAGACGACUGCAGAUCAAUGAUCAUGUUUAUCGUUUCCACAAGAAUGAUGCUCUUAGGGAACCCAAUCCCUCGUCAGAUUAUGCUGCUCUUGAUGGCUUUGAUAUAAGUGAAUGCAUAGGUGAUGCCUGCAGUGAAGUAGAAUGCCAGCAUGGAGGAAAAUGUGUGGCUUCAGUCCAGGACACCAGGAACAAUUCCAGUUUAGCUGCCACACCUCCCCCUGCUUUCUUUCCUCCUCCUCCUGCUGCUCCUAUAUGUCUGUGCCCGCUUGGCUAUGCUGGGGACUUCUGUGAAAAGCAACUAAAUCUCGAGGUUCCUUCCUUCAAUGGCUCUGCCCACUUAGUAUUCCCAGCACUUGGAGGCUCUGUCCUAUCAUGGCUUGAGCUGGAAUUAGUGUUCCGUGCAGCCUCCACAGAAGGCAUUAUGCUGUACGAGGGACAUCGAUCAGACGGCUCCAGUGACUUCAUUGCUGUCACCCUCUCCCAGGCCCAUGUUCUGUUCACGAUUGAUUUGGGAUCUGGAAUGCUGACGUUACGGUCAGCCUACCCAAUCCGUCCUGGCGUGUGGCACUCAGUGCGAGUGUCUCGGACUGGCCGAUGGGCUUGGUUAUAUGUUGAUGACCAGCCCGUUGUGAGUGGUCUGACCCCUGGUGGUUUCACUAUGCUGUCUCUCUCACAUCCUCUAUAUCUUGGAGGUAUCCCACCCACCUCAGUCUCUCAGCCAAUACUACCAGCAUCGCAGGCCUUUGUGGGCUGCAUACAAAAGUUAUCACUGAAUGGACGACCAAUCCACUUGGUAUCUGGAGCAGUGUCUGGCAGUAAUGUGGGAUCUUGCGAUCACCCAUGCUCUGAGCGCCCUUGUGACAAUGGCGGAGUAUGUGAGCCACACGGCCCUACCUACACAUGCCGCUGCCCUCUGGGAUUCAAGGAUGAGCACUGCAGGAGCCGAGUGGUGACGCAGGUUCUCACACCAAGUUUCAGUGGGCGUUCUUUCCUGAAGUACUCAGAUCCAGAGAUAAUGAAGCGAGUGUCAGGCGACAAACUCCAUUUGUGGUUAAGAUUCCGCUCCCUGACGCCCAAUGGCCUCCUGGUCUGGGCCGGAGAGGAGGAAGAUGAUGGAGAAACUGACAUACUGAUCCCACCCAUUGGAGAUUCGCUGAGCCUAGAGUUGCAAGAUGGGCGUGUUGUGCUCCGGUACAACCUUGGCUCUGGGUAUGCUAGGCUCAUGUACAAUAACAGUGGUCCCUUGGAUGACGGGCAGUGGCAUACAGUGAGGAUUUCCAGGUACGAGAGAGAAGCCCACGUGUCUGUGGAUGGUGAGGACCAAAUUGUAGUUGUCUCUCCAGGUGAUCUUGUGCAACUUAAUGUUGACUCAUCACUCUACGUUGGUGGGCGUGAAACAUUCAGAGGUGCUCACAGUGGCUACAUGACCCCUGGACUGACGGGCUGCAUAGCUGACCUGACUCUUGCUACAGACUAUCAUGUUGAUCUUAUAACUCAGGCAGCGGCUGGGCAAAAUAUUGAUUACUGCUGACCGGGCCGAGGGUAGGUGGGAUGUGGAAGAUGAAAAGAGAGAGAGAGAGAGAGAAAGAGAGAGAGAAAGAGAAGAAGAAGAAGAAAAAAAAAAUGCAAGGAAAUACCCAGAAAAUGGAGAAUGUUAGGAGAUGGUAAAAGCAGUAAAAUUGCAGCCAUUAGGAAUAUUCCUUUCAAUAACAAAGGUAUUUGGGAGUCAAGGAAAUAUAUCUUUAUGUGGGAAUGUUAUUAUGUCUGAGAUGUUCCUGAUGUUUAUGUAUGAUGUUUUGUUAGAUGAUAUAAGGAUUGUGAAUAGUGAGCCCUUUUUUUCUGAAUCAACUGUCAGGGCAAGCUAUGUCAUAGAUUUAUAUUUGAUUGUGCAGAUUAUACUCUUGUUGACAGUGAAUGCAUGUCAUAUAAGUAAGAAGUCAGGUCAGUGAGAAUUUAUCUUAAGACUCACUAUAAUAGUGUCAGUUUCUUAUGUAGUGUGAAUGCAAAACUCACCUUUAUCCUCUUCCCACACAAGGUUCAUAAUCACUGACCGACUUCAGAAGCAUAGAUGUAUUUUGCAAAUGCCACGAAAAUGUUCUUGCCAUAAUCCGUAGCAUCUCAGAAAUGAUUCAUUCCAGUUCAUGAUUGUGUUUUUGUGUGCUUGAAAAAAGAUGUAUGUAUAUGUAUGAUAUGUACGUACUUGCACUCAGAUUUCAAUAAGUUAUAUUUCAUUUGCUAAUGAUCAUUUUCAUAUUGAUGUGGUUAGAAUUUAGCAGUGGCUACCACUCUGGCAUUUGAAUGUUUAGUUUCAUGAUUUCCCCCACCCCCCCAGAAUGAUAAAGUGUGCAACGUGUAUUAUUUUACCUUUGGUGAAAAAAAAAGACAAAUUUUCAAGAGUGUUCUCUGAAUGUGAAAAUAUAUUUAUGUGGCCUGUUCAUUUCAUGAUUUGACAGAUAUGGAAAAUUGUGCUAAGGAAGUCACAUCUCUUAGUGAUUGUAUGGAGAAGAAUCAUCAGUUAGAUGGAUAUUAUAAUGAUAUAUUUUAAGGUGUUAUUCAUAUUAGCUAUCAUUAGAGAUAUUUUUAUUUCUGUAUAUAUGAAGUAUUGAGCACCUUUCAUAAUUGCUUAAAUGAAUGUAACAUUCAUUUCAGAUGUGUACUUGAUGUUUUGUUCACUGAGUGAUAAUAUAGUUUUGCUAGACCAUUAGACAUUGUGAGUUAGCUGAACAGCUAUCAUAGAAUGUCUCAUUUUUGUGCUACAAUGAAGAUGUUUUAAGAAACUUCCUACAUAUCAU